GUCACCGGCUUUAGAGGUCCGAGAGUGUGUGUGCUGGAAGGGUGGGAACGGGAGGAAUUAAGAAGAGUUUGCCGGGUGUUCCGGGUCAGCACUCGAGCAUAAGGCCGAAGAGUCUCCAUGAACGGCAGCAUGGCCGCCUCGCGGGACAGGAUCAUGUUGGGGCCGCUUGUGGCGGCAAUCGACCAGGGCACGAGUUCCACGCGUUUCCUCGUCUUCAAUGCUAAAACUGCUGAACUUCUCAGUCAUCACCAGGUGGAGAUCAAGCAGAGUUUCCCCAAGGAGGGAUGGGUGGAAGAGGACCCAAAGGAGAUCCUGCAGUCUGUGUAUGAGUGCAUGGACAAGACCUGUGAGAAGCUCACCCAGCUCAACAUCGACAUUUCCAACAUCAAAGCCAUUGGUGUGACCAAUCAGAGAGAGACCACACUGGUUUGGGACAAGGAAACUGGAGAGCCACUUUAUAAUGCCAUUGUUUGGCUGGACCUGCGGACUCAGUCCACAGUGGAGAGGCUUAUCAACAAAACCCCCGGAAGGAACAAAAACCACCUGAAGCAUAAGACUGGCCUUCCCAUCAGCACCUACUUCAGUGCAGUGAAGCUGCGCUGGCUCAUGGACAAUGUGGACGAGGUCAGCGAGGCGAUCCUCUCGCACAGAGCCAUGUUUGGCACCAUCGACUCCUGGCUCAUAUGGUGUCUAACAGGUGGGAAGAAAGGAGGGGUCCACUGCACAGAUGUGACCAAUGCCAGCCGCACCAUGCUAUUCAACAUUCACACUAUGGACUGGGAUCCUGAACUUUGCACAUAUUUUGGCAUCCCAAUGGAGAUUCUUCCCAGAGUCAGGAGUUCCUCUGAAAUUUACGGUUUAAUGAAAAUAAGCUCUAGUGUGAAAUCUGGCUGCUUAACUGGAAUUCCCAUAUCAGGCUGUCUGGGAGAUCAGUCGGCAGCUCUUGUGGGGCAAAUGUGCUUCCAGGAUGGUCAGGCCAAAAACACGUAUGGAACUGGCUGUUUCCUGCUAAGGAACACGGGACCCAAGCCGGUAAUGUCAGACCAUGGGCUCUUGACAACUGUAGCAUACAAACUGGGUCGAGACCAGCCAGCGUGUUAUGCACUAGAGGGGUCGGUGGCCAUAGCGGGGGCUGUUGUGCGCUGGCUGAAGGAUAACCUGGGCAUCAUCCAGACCUCCUCUGAGCUCGAAAAACUGGCGGCAGCAGUGGGCACAUCCUAUGGAUGUUACUUUGUUCCGGCGUUUUCCGGCCUCUAUGCACCUUAUUGGGAACCCAGUGCGCGCGGAAUAAUCUGUGGUCUGACUCAGUUCACCAAUCGCAGCCACCUGGCUUUUGCAGCUCUGGAGGCUGUGUGCUUUCAGACCAGAGAGCUGAUGGACGCCAUGAACCAGGACAGUGGAAUCCCCUUGACUCAGUUGCAGGUUGAUGGUGGGAUGACCUCCAACAGACUGCUCAUGCAGCUGCAAGCCGAUAUACUGUGCAUCCCUGUCGUGAAGCCCUCCAUGCCCGAGACGACGGCGCUGGGCGCUGCCAUGGCAGCAGGAGCCGCCGAGGGGGUCAGCGUAUGGAGCCUUGACCCCAAUGACCUCAGCGAGGUCACAUCUGAGAAGUUUGAGCCACAGAUCAACACAGAGGAGAGUGAGUUCCGCUAUGCGCGCUGGAAGAAGGCCGUGCAGAAGUCCAUGAACUGGGAGACCACGGAGCCCAUUGGAAACGGAAAUGAGGAGCCUAGUAUCUUCAGUAGUAUUCCUCUGGGCUUUUACAUUCUUGGUAGCAUGUUUAUGUUGAUUGGAGCUAAAUACAUCGCAGGGCACAAGUAGGCCACUGGAUGACGGAAAUGCACUGUGGGAAGUAGUGGGCUCCCAUGUAUCCGCCAUGCACACAUACGGCCUACAGACACUAUACCCCCCACCCCCACUCCCACUCCUCCCCACCCCCACCUCAACUGUGAACCAGAACUUUAAGGCCCGGCAGCAGUGAAGUGAACAAAGCCCAAAACCCCUAAAUGCCGAGGCCUCGAUCUGAACAUAAUUAUGUGCACACACCUGAACGUGCACCUGAGCCAGGGGAUCUGAGUGUUUCCGACGUAAGGAAAUAAGGGACCGUAGACUGUGUGUGUUUGUGUGUCUGUGUGAGAGAGAGUGUGAGUGUGUGUGUGUGACAUUUUAUGAUGACCCCGGUAACAAUUUUAUGGUACAAUCAAUGAACUUACAUACUGGUACAUGCGUUUCUUGUUCUCCUGAAGUCUGUGUGAUUGUGUGACCAUUUGUGUGUGUGUGUGUGUGUGUGUGUGUGUAUGUAUAGGUUUAAAGAUGGGUUUCAUGAACAAUGACAAAUUUGUCAGUAAAGUCCUGGUACAAAAUGUCUUCCAAAUGAACUGAUGUUUUAUGUUUUAAAUGAACUACUGUUUCUUGUUUUUUUUAGACUUGUUUUUUAUUUGUUUGCCUGUUUUUUAACCUGGAGAGGCCACCAAUGAUUUGUACAAAGGUUGGACUGAUAUGUGCCACUAACUGAUGCACUGUUUACCAAAACAGCAGAAGGACAAUAGCUGGACCAGCUGAAAAAAUAGAAUUAACUGCACUUUAGGAAUCCUCUACUUUUCAGAUGUGGAACCUCUAAUAGGUUUGAAUUAUUUUUAAGCUUAUGAUUUGUCCUGCUGUAGUAGAUGAUUUCUCCUUAGAACUGUACCUGUACAAAUAUUAAGAAUAAAUGAGGCUAUUGUCCUGUAAACAAUGCCUAGAACUGCUGACAAGAUGAUGCCCCCUGAUGGCCAAUCUUAAAAGUUACAUCUGAGAACAAAACCAACUGUCCAGAAAAGUUGAUCAGUUAGUCAGAUGCAUCAUUUUAACACACUUUAUAUCAUCCUUUGUCAAAGAUAACUUAAUGCCAAUGGUUGUUGAACCUAUUCAUUGGACCUGAGUCUAUGUGAUCAACCAGGACCGAACAGUGCCGUGACAUACAAUGGCAAUUUGCUACGGGUAGAUACCUGUAGUCUACUUGAAGGUUUAGCCACUUAGGAAAGCAUAACAGUGGCCAGUACUCUUUGACCAGAAAGCAGUGAGAAUUCAUGUAUAUUUAAUGGUUAAUUUAUGUUCACUAUUAACUGUGGGUAGACAUUUUGUAUGCAGUGCUGGCAUGACAAAUCAAUUAAACUGUCUGAAGUGUUAUUUUGAAUGGAUUUGUUUCCCCUGCCUGUGCUAAUUGCUAAAUAAAAAGACUUUGAUGGUA